AUGGAUCUCUCCAUGAAAGUCUUUGUGGUCGUCCUCCUACUUCUUGUGGCUAUUGAGGACCAGGGACCAGUGCAAGUAGCUUUGGCGAGGGACUGCAAGUCACAGAGCUACAAGUUCAAGGGGAUGUGCGUGCGCAAUGACAAUUGUGCAAGUGUUUGCCUGACCGAGGGUUUCCCCAGAGGCAAGUGCAAGGGCUUUGCAUGUUCCUGCUACAAGGAUUGCUAG